AGGGGCAGGGACGUGGCAGAGCCACCAGGGCUGGGUGAGCAGCACCUCACCCUGACCAGCUCCGGCUUCCAGGGGUGCUGGGUGGCCCGAUCAACCUCCCCCAGCACGUAUCUGAGUUAUCUCUUUCUGCAGGAGAGCAAUUCAGAGCUGCACUUAAAGAAGGAACUAUGGGGAAUACAAUGAGUGCCCCAGAGGAAGCUGAAGAAGACAAUACAUGCACAGUAAAGAGCUAUCAGGCUCUAUCAGAAUCUCCAGAUAAUAUCAAAAAUGGAUCUGUGGCAUUUGUUCAGCCUCAUUCUCCUGUGAUGAAUGGUGAAGUGGAUGCAAAGGCAAGUGUUGCACGGGAUAAUGUGGCUGUUUCUUCCCUGAAGACAAAGGAGCAGAGCCCGGUUCCCGAGGCGGGCGGGCAGAGCCUCGGGAGCGCUGCCAGCAGAGCUCUGCCAUCUGCUAAAUCCCGCUCUGUCUUCGCGUUUGCAUGGUCUGUACCAGGGCGUACUGAAGAUCCAGCUACAGAUUCAUCAGUUGGAUCGGCAAAACUUGAUGUCAGCUCGGAGGCGCCUGGAGCGAACAAAGCAGCAAGUGACAGCACGGAGGUUCCCGUGGCAGCUGGGCGGGAGGAGGGCACACAUAAAAACCUGACCCGGGCCCCAUCAGCAGCAUCGCUUCGUGACAUCGACCUCACGGCAUCCGUGACACCUGAGGGAGAGGAUGUGGCCAUCUCAAAGCCAAAACAAGUAACCUUCUUUGACAGGAUCUUCAAACUGGAGAAGGGAAAGGAAAGGAGUAGAACGCAAAUUGGUACCCAGGAGGAAAGACAGACUUCAGACCUUCCUGACGGGCACAUCACAGCGGAAGAGGCUGCGGGAUUACAGAACACAUCAAACAGCGUCCCGCAGGGGAAGGAGAUAGAUGACUGCAACCAAAAAGACCUACAGCAGGACUCGGCAGGUGUCAACGGUCUCGCAGAGGUAAAACCAGACAACCCCCAGCCAGCUGCUGCAGUAGAUAACUCCGUCAUGAGUUUCCUUAAAACACUGGUCUCCCCAGGCAAAGCUGAAGCCAAAAGUGACUCUGAAGACAAGGGAUCAAAAGCGGAAAAAGGCCAUGGUGGGCAACCUGCUCCGAAGACAGCGGCAGAAUCCCAGGCUAAAGCAGCCAAGAAAAAGAAGGCAGAGUCUCCCAAGCUAGGACACAGUACAUUUAGCAAACUCUUUAGGCAUAAGGCUGCAAAAGAGACUCAACAGACAACUAAUACCAAAAGCACUGACCAGCAGCCUGUUACCUCUGUAAAACCAGACAAAAAUGUCCCUUCCUCCCAAGAGCCGCAGACUAAGCAGAGCACAAAAGCCCCCGAGGCUGCAGCCCAGCAGGCAGCAGUGGCCAGCGAGGCGCCCAAAGAGGGGACGAAGGAGAAAGCGUCAUCCACUCCUAUGCCACUGAGCAAGCUCUUUUGGAAAAAGAACGCAUCAGAAGAAGCGGAGAUUGUAAGCAAUGAGAAAGCAGAUGCAUCUUUAGAAGCCGUGGCUCCUGACAAAGAUGAGAGUAAGAGCCCAGAAGCUGCGGAAGUGAAACCUAGAAGAGAAGAAAGUAAAACCCCCAAAGCAAACCUGCGGAAGUUUUUUAAGUUGUCAGUCAAGGGUGCUGAAGGCACAACCGGUUCAGAAGAGGUAAAUGGUCCAAGCCCCAAUCACCAAACAUUGAACUCCACAGAGAGGCCAGUUGCCCCAGCUGAAAGUGAACCUGUGGGCCAAAAGAGCAAAGAGAGUUCAAAAGACAAGAAGUCCCCGGCGGAGCUGAGCAAGCAGAAAGGCAGCAAACAGGAGCCCAGGGAGCAGCCGGACUCGCGGGAGCAGCCGGCAGCCGAGACCGACUCCAUCCAGAACGGAGGAGACACUUCCAAGGAACCCUCCUUCAAGAAGACAGAGAAGAGGCAGUCACUCGGAGGGUUUUUUAAGGGCCUUGGUUCCAAAAGGAUGUCUGAUGCAGAAGUGCAAACAGAUCCAGUGUCCAUCCUACCUGCUGGGAAAUCCAAGUAAUGAAUCCACUUGGCUGCUGAAGGAUCAGCAGCUCUCUCUAAGCUCCCUUGCAGUAGAGAUGACUCAUUAUUUUCCUUUACAUGGCUGUCAUCAAAUGCCUGAGGCUAAAGCAAACACUGGUGUAUCAUUUAAGGUAUAUCAUUUACAGGGUUUGUUCAUCAGAUGUUAGAAAGCAACUCUAAAGAUCAUCAAGCAAUGUGUGGUAUAUUUAAAGAAAGACCAUGUGGAUGAUUUCAAGUCUAUAGAGGGUAGAGUAUGUAAGGUGAGAAAGCGGCAGUGAAUUAAAUAAAUGGCAGAAAAAAAAUGCAUGUGACAAAGGAAUGCAGUUUGUGCAGCAAGGCAUGAGCAGCAAAUCCUCAGCUUUAGAGAACUUUAAAGCAGCCAGGAAAAAAACUAAAAAAAAAAAAAAUCUCCUUUGAUAAAUGUUAUACUUAAAUGUAAAAACAACCAAGCCACCUUUUGUGGUUUUCAAUAGAGCUGAAAUUAGCAAAAAGUCUGCAGUACAAUUGAAUCAGUGGUUAUAAAGCUUCAUCUUGGUUAUUAAUGUAAAUUAAAACGCUAAAAUGCAAAGGCUUUCCAUGAUUGAGACAACUUCUCUUUUAUCUUGGUGAGGUGGGAUAACAAAUUAAAAACUCUUUAAGGUUCUAAUAGAACACAAGGGGGCACCCGCGGCCCCCCCGUAGCCCUAACGCCAAGGCUGUACCUACAAUCCCGGUAUUAAUGUUUUUCAGAUGAUAGGAAACUUAGUUAUUUCAUCAAAUAUUUGUUUAUAUCCGUACUUGUAAUUAAUCCUAAUAAAAACCAAAAUCCAGGCACCUCCCUGCUUCACAAGACUCCUGUAAUAACUGUAGUUAAUAAAUUUUACAGAAAAUGAA